AUGAGUUGGAAAGGUCUGACGAAGAGCGUCACUCGGGCGCCGCAAACCUUCAAACAGCGUUUCAAUAUCGGAGAAAUAACCAAAGAUGCGAUCUACAUUGACGCAGAGCGACGCUUCGAAGAGCUAGAGAAGGAAACUAAGAGGCUGCAUGAUGAGUCUAAAAAGUACUUCGACGCCAUCAACAGCAUGCUCACCCAUCAGAUUGAGUUCUCAAAAGCGAUAGCGGAAAUCUACAAACCCAUCUCCGGACGAAUGUCGGAUCCGGACUCCUUCGUGCAAGAGGGGAACGUCGAAGGAAUCAGGGCAUGCGAGGAAUAUGAAGGCAUUGUGAAGGAACUACAAGAAACAUUGAAGCCCGAACUUGAAAUGAUAGAAUCCCGCGUCAUUAGCCCUGCGGAUCAACUGCUAGAAAUCAUCAAGGCAGUGCGCAAAAUCGCGCUCAAGCGUGAUCACAAACAGCUCGACUACGAUCGCCAUCGCACUGCGCUCAAGAAGCUCCAGGACAAGAAAGAUAAGACAUUGAAGGAUGAGAAGGCCAUGUAUCGGGCAGAAAACGACGUGGAACAGGCCACCCAAGAUUACAAUUAUUUCAACGACCUUCUCAAAGAUGAAUUGCCGAAGCUCUUCAGGCUGGAGAGGGAGUUUAUCAAACCUCUUUUCCAGUCCUUCUACUACAUGCAGCUGAACGUUUUCUAUACGUUGCACGAGCGCAUGCAGAAUAUCGACAUUGGCUAUUUCGAUUUAACACUCGAUAUCGAGGCUGCUUAUGAGAAGAAGCGAGGCGAUAUUCAGACUCAGGCAGAGGCCAUCUCUAUCACAAAGUUCAAGACAACAGGAGGAAGGAGACCUGGACAACCAAUGUCGAAAUACGGCCAAAAAGCAUUGGAGGCCAAAGGCGAGCGGCAAUCAUCUGUGCUCUCUGAUGAGACUGAAACACCGCCUCCACCAUACAGCCCAGGACCUGCCAACAACGCCCUCUCGCCCCCAGCUUCAGCGACUUCGUGGGGAUCUGCUGCCAAGUCUAAGGGUGCCGCACCACCUCCACCAAAACCAAAGCCUUCUCGACUCAGCGGUGCACCUGCGGCAGAGACUGUCACGGCACUGUAUGACUAUGAAGCACAAGCCGAGGGAGACCUGGGCUUUACCACUGGCGAUGUGAUCGAAAUCGUUUCGCGCACCCAGAACGUGAACGAGUGGUGGACGGGCAAACUUCGUGGACGGCAAGGACAAUUUCCAGGCAACUAUGUCCAACUAAACUCUUGA